AGCAUAUUAAAUUUGAAAACAAUAGUCCCUUCACCACCGAUGACGAAUAUUGACUGUCCGGUUUUCUAGGUUUUCUCACCAGAUUUCCCUCCUUCCAUUCUUCUCUUCUUCUUCUUCUUCUUCUACUUCUUCUUCUUCACCACUGAAUUUCAACCAGAGGAAUCGAUCCUCAAAGUUUCAGUCGCCAUUGCCAUUGUACAGCCGUUGAACAAGGCAUUGUCGAUAGGACUGAUUUCAUUAUGCCAUAUGAUGCGUAGCUUGAAGGUUUGGUGUUUUCCGUUUGGUUUUAGGUGUAAGAGUGUGAUGUUGAACAAUUUUUGUUGGAUUUGAGGUUAUUAAUGCAUUGAAGAUUAGUGGUAAUGGAGGACGGAAAGGAUUUUGGCACUGUAAUUCGAAUUAAUCAAACGAGAUAUCCUACAGUGAGGUCUCUUCAGUUCUUCUUAAUUUUCAUAGUACUCGGUCUUUUGGUUUCGAUUAUUAGUAUGAAUACCAUUAAAUAUUUUGGAGUUGGAAGUGCUGCCCCUGUAGCAUCGUCCUUCAAUAUUGUUCAGCCUGGCGUGGAAGGGCUAAGUGACAUAGAUAGUUGGAUCAGUCCUUCUUCAAAUCUCCUUCACAGUAUGAGCGAUCAAGAGCUACUAUGGCGGGCUUCCUUGGUUCCUCAAGGAAAAGAGUAUCCCUUCAACAGAGUUCGCAAGAUUGCUUUUAUGUUCUUGACAAAAGGGCCUUUGCCGAUGGCCCCUCUUUGGGAACGGUUCUUCAAGGGUCAUGAGGGGCUUUAUUCCAUUUAUAUUCAUGCUAACCCAUCAUACAUUGCUGACUUCCUGCCCUCCUCAGUGUUUUAUAGAAGACAGAUCCCAAGUCAGGUUACAGAGUGGGGCGAAAUGAAUUUGUGUGAUGCUGAGAGGAGACUGCUAGCUAAUGCAUUGCUUGAUAUCUCCAACGAAUGGUUUAUUCUCCUGUCCGAGGCUUGUGUCCCUCUCCACAGCUUUACCAUGGUGUACGACUAUCUUGCGAGAUCUCGCCACAGCUUUGUACACUCGUUCGAUGAUCCAGGACCCUAUGGAAGAGGACGCUACAACAAGAACAUGGCACCUAAGAUAAACCUCACUAACUGGCGCAAGGGUUAUCAAUGGUUCGAAGUCACUCGUGAACUCGCGGUGAAGAUAGUUAAAGAUAAAACGUACUACUCUUUGUUUAAAAAGUAUUGCAAACCAACUUGUUAUGUCGACGAACACUACUUCCAAACAAUGUUGAGCAUGGAGUCGCCAAAUCUUCUGGCAAACAGAAGCCUUACCUUUGUGGACUGGUCCAGGGGUGGUGCUCAUCCUGCUACAUUUGGAAAGUAUGAUAUCACAGAACAGUUUAUUAAAAAUCUUUUUGAAAACAAGAGAUGCCUUAACAAUGGUCAACCUUCUUUCUGUUUUCUUUUUGCUAGAAAAUUUGCUCCAAGUGCCUUAGAUCGGUUGUUAGACGUAGCUCACAACGUUAUGGGGUUUUGACAAAAUCUAGGCUUCAGAGAAUUGUUUCAUUUUUAGAAGAGGUUCUAAUGGGACUUCUCAUUAAUCCUAGUUUAGAGAAUUAUAGUU